GGUUUGUUUCUAGUAAUGUUGAUAUAGCGAGUUUGCCACAGACACCUGUAUUUAUUGAAGUAGCAUCAACAGUUCAGCAGAAACUGCUUAAUUCACUUCCUAUAACUGGCUAUUUAGUAAAAGAACAUUUAUCCUGGAAUAUUCAUAGCAUAAACGUAUCCUCUGAGAUAUGUAGUCCAAUUCAAAUUGUAUGUAAUUAUUUAGAUGCAUAUGAUAAGCAUGAAAUUGAUGUAGGAGAUGUGGUGUUUCAUGGUCAAAAGUGCAUAAAAAAACCGUUACCAGCUAAAAAGUGUCAAGAUUUAAUAGCUAAAUACUUCUUUGAAGGAAACGCUGAUGGUAUCUCUUCGUUCCGAUUUGUGGAAAUAUUUGUUAAUGUACUAGCAAAUCAACUUAUUCGCCUUUCGUCAAGUGCUUAUUUCACAGUUGAGAAUUUAAAGUUGAUGAUAAAAGAUGAAACGUUACUAAGAACAACAUUAGUCAAGACGUUAAUUGACAUUUCUAAAGAGUUUGCGACCAGAUCAGUAAAGACUAAAGCGGCACAAUUAGAAUCAACAUCUGAUGAUUAUGAGGCGAAAUUCGAAAUAGUUCAAUGGGAUGCAUCUAAUCAUCUUUUGGUCUGUUUCAUGUCACAAAAUCCAGAUUCAAUUUGUGCUUUGUAUCGUGAAAAAAAUAAGGUUCCUGACAAUGUUAAAGAAUUUCUUAAAAGUCAAUUCAUGGCUGGUCCAAGCAAGUGGGAAUUGGAUGACUAUAAUCGGAUGGCGUCUAAUUUAUUAUUAGAAAAGCUUGAGUGUUUAGCGCGUAGAACGAUGUAUCAUAUUGAUCUUCCACUGUAUGCACUAUCAGCAGACAAUAUAAUAAAAAUGGCAUUAAUAUUGUUAAGGUCACGUGCGAAUGUUCCUGUUGUCGUUAUGGGAGAAGCCGGAUGUGGCAAGUCUAGUUUAAUAGGAUUCUUGGCCAAGGUAGUCGAAGUUAAUUAUGAACCAUUCAAUCUUCAUGCAGGAAUUAAGGAGCAAGAUAUUUUAGAUUUUAUGGACAAGGCUCAGAAAAAGGCUGAUAAUGGCGAAUUGUGGUUAUUCUUUGACGAAAUUAAUACCUGUAACCACAUAGGAUUGCUUGCAAAUUUGAUAGCACAUCGUACGCUUAAAGGGAAAUUAGUGCAUCCUAAUAUUAGACUAUUUUCG